AUGAAAGAAAGGCUUGCGACAAAUGAAACUUUUGGCAAAAAAGGCCGAGGCAAUGAUGUAAAUCACCUUUUUUUUGAAAACACAGCAACCGCUGCUGUUUUGCAAUUUUUAAAUGAAUGCUGCUGCCAACUUCUUUCCAUUGAAAGCCAGAUAAAAUGCUCCCAGCCAAAUGCCGUCUGCAUUAAAAAGAAAUGCCUCAUUUUGAUUGGAACUAUUGUUAUACUACUACCAUGUGUACAGUACUACUUGCUUAAAACUGGUUUUUUAAGAUGA